GCGCUGUCUACUGGAGUUUGACUCAGACUCGUUCACUCUGCAAGAGGCAAAUUGUAAACAAGAUUAUGACUGAAGCAACUUUUGAUGUGAUGAUAGUGGGUUCCUGUAUGACUGACUUGGUAAGUCAGGCACCAAGGCUACCCAAGGCAGGAGAAACCAUCCACGGCCACAAGUUCUUCAUCGGUUUUGGAGGAAAAGGGGCCAACCAGUGCAUACAGGCUGCAAGACUUGGGGCCAAGGCCGCCAUGGUCUGCAAGGUUGGCAAAGACUUCUUCGGAGACAACUACAUCCAGAAUUUCAAGGACAAUGGUGUUCACACAGAGUUUGUGAAGCAGACCUCUGAUGCAGCCACAGGAGCGGCCUCAAUUAUUGUCAAUGAUGCAGGUGAGAAUGCCAUCGUGAUCGUGGCCGGUGCCAACAUGCUGCUGGACAGCCAGGACCUGCAGGACGCUCGCCCUGCCCUCAUCCGUGCGAAUGUACUGGUGUGCCAGCUGGAGAUCAGCCCGCAGUCGUCCUUGCAGGCACUUCGAAUGGCACGAGAAAACAACGUGAAGACAAUCUUCAACCCAGCACCAGCCAUUCCAGACCUGGAUCCCAAUUUCUACAAAUUCUCCGAUGUGUUUUGCUGUAAUGAGUCUGAGGCAGAGCUUCUGACUGGUUCCUCGGUGGCUAGCAUAGAGGACGCCUGCCGGGUGGGUCAGGAUUUGCUGCGCAGAGGCUGCGGCUCGGUCAUCGUCACUCUGGGCCCCCAGGGCUGCGUGGUGCUCAAGGCACAGGAGUCGACCUCACAUCACAUUCCAACCUCUGUGGUCAAAGUAGUGGAUACCACGGGUGCCGGAGAUUGCUUUAUUGGCGCACUGGCGUUCUACAUGGCUCAUUAUCCUUCCAUGCCUCUGGAGGAGAUGGCGAGGAGAGCCAAUCAGGUGGCGGCAGUGAGCGUGCAGGCGGUCGGCACACAGACGUCUUACCCCUUUAAAAAGGAUCUCCAAGAUGAACUGUUCUAAAAGGUAACCCAGAGAACAAAAUGUCCACUUCCGGGACUGCAAAUUGGUGCAUGCACUAGUUAAUAUGGACCAGUCUGGAGUGGAUUCUCCUGACUUGAGAACUGUCUUAAAUUCAUACAUGUGUUGGAUUUUGAGCAGGAAAUUAUCCCACUGCCUUGCUCUCAGGUAAACUGGAUAACAAUGAAUUCAGAUUAAGAGC